AUGGUGACAUCGCAAAACGAUGGUGGUAGAAGUAUGGGAGGUGGCGAUGGCGGCGGCGGCGGCGGGGGCGAUGACACGGUUUAUACAGUGGCCGUGAUGAGCGGCGGCGGUUAUAGGAACGAGGGUUACAAGGACGACGGCACCGACGGCAUACCGCCCGAACCGCAAAAACCGCCGCAGCUACCGGCGACAGAUGACGAUACGCAAUCGCGGAAGUUCAAGGUGUCGCGCGGCGAGAAAUGGCGUAUCCUGAAGAACAUUGGUACCGUGUCGAUCGCUUUCAUGGUGCAAUUCACCGCGUUCCAGGGUACGGCAAAUCUACAGUCAUCGAUCAAUGCUAGCGACGGCCUCGGCACCGUAUCACUCUCGGCUAUCUACGCCGCCCUGGUGCUCUCAUGUAUUUUUGUACCCACUUUCCUCAUCAAAAGGCUCACCGUCAAGUGGACCCUCUGUCUAUCUAUGCUCUGCUAUGCACCAUACAUUGGCUCGCAGUUCUAUCCUAAAUUCUACACCUUGGUACCUGCCGGCGUACUCCUUGGUCUCGGCGCCGCGCCCAUGUGGGCCGCCAAGGCUACAUAUCUCACACAAGUUGGUGGGGUUUACGCCAAGAUCACCGAUCAACCGAUUGAUGCUAUCGUUGUACGGUUCUUCGGCUUCUUCUUCCUGGCGUGGCAAACCGCUGAACUCUGGGGCAAUCUCAUUUCUUCGCUUGUGCUAAGCGACGGCGGACACGGUGGCAGCGGGGGCGGCGGCGGUAGCAACAGCACGACCAGCUGGGAUAAAAUCAAGCUGUGCGGCGCGGAUUUUUGCGUCCUUGGCAACGGAGGCCACGAGAACCUGGAGCGACCGCCAGAGUCGGAGAUCUAUGAAAUCUCGGCGAUCUAUCUCACGUGCGUCGUCGUCGCGGUAAUAAUCGUCGCUUUGUUCGUCGAUCCUCUUUCCAGGUACGGCGAGAAGCAACGACGGUCGGAUAGUCAAGAAAUAAGCGGUAUUCAAUUGCUCUCUGCUACAGCUUACCAGUUAAAGAAGCCUUAUCAACAAUUAUUAAUACCGAUCACGGUAUGGAUCGGUAUGGAGCAGGCUUUCAUCGGCGCCGAUUUUACGCAGGCAUACAUCUCCUGCGCUCUAGGUGUUCACAGAGUCGGCUACGUCAUGAUCUGCUUCGGGGUAGUCAAUGCUGGCUGUUCGUUGCUGUUCGGCUCGUUAAUGAAAUUUGUUGGCAGACAGCCGCUGAUGGCACUGGGCGCUAUCGUUCAUGCCUGUCUCAUAGUCGUCCUUCUCAUGUGGAAGCCUCAUCCUGAUAACCCUUAUAUCUUUUUUUCGGUUUCGGGACUGUGGGGCGUGGGUGAUGCUGUAUGGCAAACGCAGGUCAACGGACUCUAUGGCACGUUGUUCAGACGUAACAAGGAGGCGGCCUUCUCAAACUACAGGCUAUGGGAGAGCGCCGGUUUCGUGAUCGCCUAUGCGUAUAGCACGCAUCUCUGCGCCCGUAUGAAGCUGUAUGUAAUGCUGACAGUACUGAUUACCGGCAGUAUAGGCUACAUCAUUGUCGAAUUGCUGCACAGGCGCAAGCAACGACGGCUCAAAGCAAUUGCCGAGGACCCGAAGGCCGCCCAGAUCGAGGCGAAUCAGCCGGAGGAGACCGACGACGAGAAAGAUGACCUUGACGACGAGAUCACCAUCACUCAUCUGUGAGUGAUCUGCACCGUCGACGUAAUCGUUCUUCGUUAAAAGUACUUUGCGCUCGCGGUUCUUUCUCGUCUCAUCGACGGGAAAGUCGAGACGACGAUAGCCAGAAGAUGAUAAUCGAUUGAUUUCGCGGAUAUCCUUCUCUUCGCUAUAUCCGACGAAAUCUUACAUUCCAUUAAUUCCUUCAUUCUCGUUUCUCACAAACUUAGACCCGUGUUGUCAAUUGGUGCGCGAUUCCACGUACUUUUUCCUGUUGAUGAUAAAAAGUCAAAGUCAGAAGAAGCGUGGAUAUGUGCACGCCUUCCACGAUGAAGUGGAAAUGCCGAAUGUCGACUCCAUUUCGUGGGAUGCUUCCCUUCAAGGAAAUGUAACGUGUAUCCAGACUGUAAUCUGAUUUCUAUCUUCUUUCGCAGCAUCGGAAUGAGUCGAUAAUCGAAGUAAUAGUAAUACACUUACCAGUAUUUGUGGCGCUAAAAAAAUGCAUGGUGACGUAUAAUUCGCUCUCAUGCUACUAGGAAUAGAAAGCUCUUGAAUUGACAUUAACGAGAAGGACUAUCUCAACGUCCCAUUCUAUGUCUUCAUGAUUCGUAGAGCGAAAAGUGCAUUUCGUUAAUAUACAUACCGGAAUCGGCGAUUUAAAUAAUCUAGUGAUCUUUACAAAUUAAUUAUAUGCAAUUUUUUUGUUAUAAAUACUUAAUCGAAUUCGUAAAGAUUACUAUUAGAUUAUUAUAUUUCGUGUGCCCCUAAAUAAGAGUGCAUGUGACAUAUUAUAUAUGUAUAUAGUUUGCAACUAAUGAAAAUUGGCGUGAGAUUUGACGAAAUUCGUCAUUUAUUCGAGGAAGAAUGCUCUACAUACUCUUACUCGAAUAUAUAAUACUUUAUUGUUUAAAAAAGGAGAAACAAUUGUUAUAAGAAAGACUUUCUUAAUAAAGAAAUAAUGUUAUUGAUCACACAUCGACGAUCGGACUCUCUUAUAUUUCUCUUGAGAGAAAAGCAUAUAAGAUGUCAAUAUCGAUCUCUGUACAUUUUAAAACAGUAGUUUUUUCCUAUCAGAAAUAAACGACUCAAUAGCAAUGGACAAAGUUUCAUUCUAUGCGAAAUUAAAUUCCUAAUCUUCAAAAUUCUAAGUUAUGACUCGCUUAUAAAUAAAUGUCUUU